AGGACAGAGACGUUUUGAUUUUUUGAUGCACAUGGUCGAGAUGGAAUCGGCCUCAAGUGAUUCUAAUUCCAAUAAGGAUGAAAAUCCAAAGAAAAUUCGGAAAAUGGGGGCAUCAGUGCUGGAUAGUUUCACAAAAUUAACUUCUGAGGAUGAGCGCACCAGGCUGGAUGGGGGAACAACAUUGUUGAGACAUUUGUCGCAGUUGAGGAGUGACGCCCCAGACAGCAAAGAGCUGGACUACUCCCGCCGUCGUCUGAUCCGUGGUCUAGGAGCCUCUCGCCCCUCUUCCAAGAAGGGAUUCUACACGACACUAACAGCCUACCUCCGGCUGCACCCAGAAACCCCCCUAGCGCCCCUGAUCGAGACAAUGGAAGUGGAGCUAAAGUCCUCAGGGCACAACCCCAAGAGUGAGAACGCCGACAUCUUCAUGGGCAGAAUUCUCUUCUGCGGCUCCCUGAUCCGUUCAAACCUCCUGCAGUCAUCCCCCCCAGACCUCCAACAGAAGAUAACAGAGAUCCUCCUCGAGGCCGGAGGUAAGCGCAGCUACCUCUCCUUCAGCGCCUCGUCCUUCCUAAUCGACUUCCUCCACCAGUUGACCCCGAAAUCCCUGAAGCUGAGUAUCUGGCCGAUCCUCGAGCGCGAGCUGGGCAAGCCCUGGUCGGGGCAGACCCUGGACACCCUCCACACCCUCCUGACAAUGUCAGUGAAGUUCCCGACCCUCGUGACCAAGAGAUUCCUCAAAGAGCACCUGGGCACAGACACGAUAAUCACCGAGCAGUCCCUGGAGCACCAGCUGAAGCUGCUAACCGACAUCCCCAGGAUAAUCUACUGCCGCCACCCCCUGUACCCCAUCUUCUGCGAGCACCUGGUGACCUCCAACUACCUCAUCCCCUUCUGGACAGGCCUGGACCAGCGCUUCGUCAAGCCCUCGAGGAGCAUCGAGCACCUGUCCCUGGAGAUCCUCAACCUCAUCACCACGAGCAUCAAAGACAAAAGCCUCCUGCCCUCGCUGCUCACCCCGAACUUCCUCCAGCACAUGCUCAAGAGAUUCACCAGCAACAAGAGGAAUAAGCACGACGAGGUGGCCAACGCCUUCAGGCAAUUCCUGACCCACCUUGUGACACAGCUAAAGGACAAGGACUUGAAGCCAAAGGUGGCCAUAUCAGUCCUCAAGAGGCUGGUGCUGCACCCUGGGGACCUGAUGAUCGAGAAGAUCACAGGGACAAAAAUCCUCCAGAUGAUAACGGCGAAUCUGGAGACGAACGGGGUCAAGAAACUCUCGAAAUUCUACAACGAAAUUGCGUCCAACUCAGUGAGGAAGAGGAUCGGAGAGAGGGAGGAGUCCUGGACGAAUGCUGAGAGGACGUACGUGGGGCAGUUGCUGAGUAAACUCCUGGGACACCCUGCUGUCGCCUCGGAGCAGGCGUGGAGGCUGGAGCAACUCAAGCUUCUGUUCACCCUGGGCCUGUGCGAGGGCUCCAACGUGGGGGUCGAGGUCGCCCCCCUCUUCAAGGAGAGCUUCUAUCGAGCCCUGGACCACAAGCUCCCAAAGCUCGACGACUUGAGGUCAGUGCUAACAGAACUGAUAACUGAUCUUGACAGAGAGAUCUUCGAGGAGAAGACGAGGAGCUUGAGGACGCCGUUGCCAGAGGGCGCCGUCGACGCCUGGAAGAGGAUGAUCGCGUUCAUAAAUAAACCCGAGAAGUCCUUCAAGAACAAACACGCUGUGCUCAUCUUCUACACAAUGGACUUGAACAUGGGGCUCCAGUUGUUCUCAAACCCUGAGAUGGCGAUCUCCUCGAUAAACGAGAUCCACAGCUGUGGGGAUCGACUGAAGUCCUCGAAGUCCCCCAGGAAACCCAAACAAAAAAGAGAAGAAGAGGAAGAGGAGGAGGAGCCAGAGUGGGUGGAGGUCAUAGUGGAUUUACUGCUGUCGUUGCUCUCCAGGAACAGCCACCUGUUGAGGUCUUUGGUCCGCUGUGUCUUCCCUCACGUGUGUCCCCUGUUGACGUCGACGUCUGUCCACCAGAUCCUGGCGGCGCUGGACCCCAAGGACGACAAGGGGCCCCUGGGGGAGGGCCCGGAGGACUCGUCGGACGAGGAGUCAGAGGGCUCAGACGACAAAUCAGAUGACGAAGAGGAGGAAGAGGAGUCAGAGUCUUCUGACGAGGAGGACCCCGAGGAGGACGAGACCAUCACCGAUAAAUUGAGGCUAGCAGUGAGACAAGCCCUUGGCGACGCCUCAGCCCAGACUGACGACGAGGACAUCGACAUCGACGAGAUCGACGAGGAGGAGGGCAAGAGGCUGGACGAGUCCCUGGCAGCUGCCUUCAGGAUCCUCAAGGAGAGUCGUUCCACCAAGAGCAAGAAGCAGGGCAAAUCCGCCGAGGCACUGACACACUUCAGGGUUCGAGUGAUGGACCUUCUGGAGAUCUACCUCGACUCUGAACCCUCGAUGGCACUCGCUCUGGACAUGCUGGUCCCCCUCUUCGCUCUGUUGGAGUUUUGCAUCAAGGACAGCCACCAGAAGCCUCUGGAGAACAGGGUGAGGUCCUGCCUGAAGAAGCUGUCAGCUGUCAAGAGGUUCAGAGACACUGAGGGGGUCGACGAGCAGCUGAUCACCGACCUGGGGAGGGUGCUCGUGGAGAAGGGCGAGAGGUCGACCCUCAUCUGCCAGGAGAUGGGGGACAAACUGGCUGAAUGCUGCACCUUUCUGAUAAGAUGUGUUCAGCAGGCCAAUCUGGGGCCCAGCACUUUGGUUGAUAUUUAUGGGAAGAAUCUGACAGCCUUCUUCAAGAAGAGGGACUGCAUUCUGCCUGCAAGCUUGUUCAAAAAUGCUCUGCAGUUGAACUGGGAGGGGAAUUGGAAGCUGGUGCCUCUGAUCGUCGAUUACGCCUUCGAUGGGAGCAUCAGGUCGUUCAGGAGGGGACAGGCCCUGGAGUUCUUGACGACUUUCUACAGGAAUCACAGGCUAAUUACGAGGGACAGUGGGGGGGUUAAGGAGGAGGUGGAGAGGACAUUGGCGAGGAAUUGCUUGGGGCUGUUCCAGGAGCUUGGGGGGAGGGCUAAUGGGGAUGGGAGGAAGGAGGUCAGGCAGAAGUUCGUGGGGGCUCUCUGGAAGCUGCUGCAUGCGGUUUAUUCGCAGCAGGCGGAGGGGGUCUGGGAUUGGGGGAGGGUCGGGGAGGCCAUGGCCCUGUACAGGGGGGGAGUUUCCUUGUCCAAGGACGCCAAGACUGCUUAUAAUCGGUUAGCUGCACUCAUUGGGGCGCCUAAUGUUCAGAGCAACGAGGGGACGAAGAGGAAGAGGAAGGCGGAGGUGGAGGUGAAUGGGGUGCACAGGGAAUCUGACGAUGAGAGGGUCGAGGGGGAGUCCUCAGACAGCGGGCAGGAGGAGAAGACGACCAAGAAGUCGAGGAAGGAGGUCAAGAAGAAGCUGAAGAACCUCAGUAAGAAGAAGGACAAACAGAAGUUGAAGAAGGAGGCGAGGGAGCUGAGGGCCAAGGCCAUGGGGGAGGGACUCGAUGCAGUGGAUUUCAGCUCUGUGGUGCUCAAUGGAGGGAACGAGGGGAUGGAGAAUGGCGUCGAGGAGCUUGGAGAGGUCACCAAGGGGCUGGGGAGGAAGAGGAGUGGCAGUGGCGACGAAACCCCUGGGAAAUCGAAAAAGAAAAGAGGAGUCAAAUAAACGGGGGCUAGGAAUUAUCAUUGUUAUUUUUAUAUAUUGUGUAUGCAGAUUGAUACCGCAAUUGUGAGGGGUAAUUACGAGCUGUUACUACUUUGUGUGGAUAAUCAGGAGUGAAAUGACAGAACGUGUUUAGCAAGAACAGAAAUUUUUUGAGGAAACUUUAGAGAUAAUUGCACGUUUUAUCAUUUCAUUGCUGAAAUUAAUCAGUUCCGUUUGUAAAUAAAAUCGGAAAAUGGAAACUUGAUAUUUUGAGGAAUAAAAAGUUGCGCAAAAAAUU